CUAUGGGCGGUGCCGCUGAUCGCCUGAGCCGGCGCUGAGGCGGCGAUGGCGGCGCCGAGCGGUCCCAGUUGUGCAGCCCAGGCUCCCCAGCAAGCACAGAGGCCAGGAUCCCUCAGCCUUUCUCUGCAGUGACCACGUGUGCCCCUGGGCAGGGCUGAAGAUGCCUCUGUUCUCCAGGAAGAAGAAACCCAGCGAAGAUGCUCGGAAACGCCUCGAGUACCAAAUGUGCCUGGCAAAAGAAGCUGGUGCUGAUGACACCCUUGACAUAUCCAGAUGUGAGCUCUCAGAGGUUCCUUAUGGGGCUUUUGCAACUUGCAAGGUCUUGCAAAAAAAGGUGCUGAUUAUUCAUACCAAUAAUCUGACAUCCUUAGUUCCAAAGUCCUGCAGCCUCCUGAGUCUUAUAACUGUGAAGGUUCUGGAUCUGCAUGACAACCAGCUGGCAUCACUUCCUGCUGAUAUUGGUCAGCUGACAGCUCUUCAGGUCCUAAACCUUGAAAGGAAUCUUUUAAAAAGCCUUCCACAAUCUAUAGGAGACCUUGCACAGCUCCAGGUCCUCAAUGUGAAAGGGAACCAGCUGAGGGCGCUGCCCGGGAGCGUGAGCGGCCUGCGGAGCCUGCGGGCUCUGGAUGUCAGCGGGAACGAGCUGCAGGAGCUGCCCCGGGGGCUGGCCCACGCCCGCAGCCUGCAGACUCUGACCCUGGAUGCCUCUGCCAUGACCUACCCACCCCCUGAGAUCUGCAGUGCAGGCACAGAGGCCAUCCAGCAGUUCCUCUGCACAGAGUGUGGAAUUGCAUACUCCCCUCCCUCACAGCACCUGCCCCCCACGCUGGAGAGCCAUGGAGGAGGAACUUCAGUGGAUGGGGUGGACAGGACAGUGGAGAAGUACCUGGAGGAGGAGAGUGAGUGGCAGAACAAAUUCUUGGAUUAUGAGAAGAGGAAGGAAAGAAAAACUCAGGAGAAGCUGGAGUUUGAGCGGCGCCUGAAUGUGGGGCAGCGAGAGCAGGCCCUGCUGGUGCAGCAGCUCAACAGCCACAAGGAUGAGAUCCUGCAGACAGUGAGAGAGGAGCAGCAGAGGCUGGAGCAGGGGCUGUCGAGGCACCAGCGCUGUUUGGAGGAGGAGAGGCUGAAGCUGCUGCAGCAGCUGAAGGACACAGAGCAGGGCAUUGCCAGCCGGAUCCAGAAGCUGCUGGAGGACAACCAGAGGCAAAAACGAAGUUCAGACAUUUUGAAGUCCUUGGAGAAUGAGAGAAUCAGGAUGGAGCAGCUGAUGGCAAUAACCCAGGAGGAGACGGAGCAGCUGCGCAGGAGGGAAGUGGCCUCUGCCAUGCAGCAGAUGCUGGCUGAGACCUACAAGAACAAACUCCUCCAAACGACCUCGGAGUCUCGCCGGCAGGACCUCGUCAGCCAGGCCUGCUCCAGCCUGGCUGAGAUGGAUCAGAAGUUCCAGCAGAUCCUGGCUUGGCAGCAGCUGGACCAGAGCAAAGCUGUCAGUGAGAUCUUGCAGCAGGUUGAGAUGCAGAAAACUGCCUUUGAAGCUCUCCAGGUGAAGAAGGAUCUUAUGCACAGGCAGAUCAGGAACCAGAUUAAAUUAAUAGAAACAGAGUUAUUGCAGCUGACACAGCUGGAGGUAAAGAGGCAAGAACUGGACACAGAGACACUGCAGGAGGCAAUCACGGAGCAGCGCCGGGCACUCGGCUCCCUCCUGCAGCAGCUGCUCAAGGAGAAGAAGCAAAGGGAGGAGGAACUGCAGCAAAUCCUGCUGGAAAUGGAGGCAAAGAGCGAAACCAAGCAGGAGAACUAUUGGCUGAUCCAGUACCAGCGCCUGCUGAACCAGAAGCCCCUGUCCCUGAAGCUCCAGGAGAAGGGUUUGGAGCAGCAGCUGGUGGCCCUGCUGCUGGAGCUCUCUGCUGAGCAGUACGUGCCCAUCUUCGCUCACCACCGAAUAUCCCUGGACACGCUGGGCACCAUGAGUGCCAGUGACCUGGAGAAGCUCGGUGUGACAGAGGCUGGGCUGCAGCAUGCCAUCCUCAGGCGGGCUCGGGAGAUCCUGGCUGUGGCCACGACCAUCCCAGCCCCAGAUGAUUUUCCUGCCCUGUGGUCACGUCUGCUGCUGCCAGGGCUGCUGCGAGCGGCUGCUGUCGUGCCCGCUGUGCCGCCAGGACAUCGCGCAGCGCGUCCGCAUCUUCCACAGCGCCUAGGGCAGCCCGGACGCCCCGGCCCCGCUCGGGCUGUUCCCGCUGCCGCUCCUGUCCCCGGAACAGCCCGCGGCUGGCACUGCCCUCCCCACGCUGGGAGCCCCUGCAUCCCCCUCGCAGCUCCCCGGGGCUCCUGCAGUGAAUCCCUUCGCCCUUGGUCCCCGUGCCUGGGUGACAAACCGGGCGCAGCUGCGGCUCCUCCUCUCUGGCAGAGGUGUUUGCUGUCAGAAAGGCCCCGGGGGCUCGCAGGGACACGGGGAGCGCUUCCAGCAGUGCUGCACGGAGGGAGGGGAAUUUCCCGUGGGAUCAUUCGGUCAGGACAUGCUGUUCUUAGUGUGCUCACAGUGCCGUGCACCUCUGUCAUGCCAGAGGUCUGGGGCUUUGGCUCUGGAAGCUGUCUGGGUCUGAGCCUUAGGAACUCCCCAGCCCCCGGUUCCUGCAACACCCCCGGGACUGGAGGGACCUGCCCUGGCCAGGGGAGCCCGUGGGGGUCCCUCAUCCACAAACCAGGUGGGCAGAAAGUGCUGCUGCCACUGGGGCAGGGCUGGGGCUGUGCCCAGCUCAGGACCAUGGUGUCUCUGCACUGGGGGGUGGGGGCUGCGCCGUUGUCAUUGAUCAGUAACAAUUCCUGUCUGCCCUCAGCUCUUGACCCUGAAAUAUAAAAAUGCUGCACGAGCCUUGUCCCACCACAGCCUUCCCCAGGAGCAGCCAUUAAAUGCAGCUGGUUUCUGCUGGGAGUGUUUGCUCACUCUUUCCUUCUGCAGGGGGGUGGCUGGAGCAGGGACAGGGCCACCACCCCAUGCCCAGCUGUCCCAGUGUCACCUUCUCCUUCUCGUCUCCUUGUCAGAGAAGAAUUUGAGCCUCUGGGCCUCCUCCCAGGGUGUUGCUCAU